GCGGUGCCUGCCCUGCCUGCUCCAGACUGCGGCGGGCAGAGCUGUUCGUUUCAGAAAUGGCGGAGGGGGAGUUGGACGUCGACUCGCUGAUUUCCAGGCUUUUAGAGGUGCGAGGAUGUCGUCCAGGGAAGAUCGUCCAGAUGACGGAGGCGGAGGUUCGCGGCCUCUGCAUCAAGUCUCGGGAGAUCUUCCUCAGUCAGCCAAUCCUCCUGGAGCUGGAGGCUCCGCUCAAAAUCUGUGGCGACAUCCACGGACAGUACACAGACCUGCUGAGGCUCUUUGAGUACGGCGGCUUCCCUCCCGAGGCCAACUACCUGUUCCUGGGAGACUACGUGGACAGAGGGAAGCAGUCUCUGGAAACCAUCUGCCUGCUGCUGGCGUACAAGAUCAAAUACCCCGAGAACUUCUUCCUGCUCAGGGGCAACCACGAGUGUGCCUCCAUCAACCGCAUCUACGGCUUCUACGACGAGUGUAAACGCAGAUUCAACAUUAAGCUGUGGAAGACAUUCACCGACUGCUUCAACUGCCUUCCCAUCGCUGCCAUCGUGGACGAGAAGAUCUUCUGCUGUCACGGAGGUCUCUCUCCUGACCUGCAGUCCAUGGAGCAGAUCAGACGCAUCAUGAGACCCACAGACGUGCCCGACACAGGCCUCCUGUGCGACCUGCUGUGGUCCGACCCAGACAAGGACGUCCAGGGCUGGGGAGAGAACGACCGCGGCGUCUCCUUCACCUUCGGAGCCGACGUGGUCAGCAAGUUCCUCAACCGCCACGACCUGGACCUCAUCUGUAGAGCCCACCAGGUGGUAGAAGAUGGGUAUGAGUUCUUUGCCAAGCGGCAGCUGGUGACUCUGUUCUCAGCUCCCAACUACUGCGGAGAGUUUGACAACGCCGGCGGCAUGAUGAGCGUCGAUGAAACCCUGAUGUGCUCCUUCCAGAUCCUGAAGCCAUCUGAGAAGAAAGCCAAGUACCAGUAUGGAGGGAUGAACUCCGGUCGGCCCGUCACUCCUCCCCGCACAGCCCAACUUCCAAAGAAACGAUGAGGAAGAGACAGAACGAGAGAUGACCGUCAACGCUUGUCUCCUGUUGGCUUUUCACAACACAAAAGAAGAAAAAGCAACACUUGGCAGAGGAAGAAACAGAUCAACUAUUUUAAAAGACACACCCAAACCAGUCUUUCAUUUAAAACAUUUUUUCUUAUCUUCUGAACUGCUGUCACACUUCCUCUUCUUCCUCAAUGCUCCCCCUCCUCCUCCCAUCUCCUCUGCAUCCGUGUAACAUUUUUAAAAACAAGUGUUAAAAGAAAUCUGAGAAAACAGUACAAGGGUGUCAUUCUGUAGCACAUCGGAGUGUUUUAUUUUAUUUUUUGUCUUUUUUUGUCCUUUACUUAUUUUCUUGACAACCGAAUGACAGCUAGUUUAGUUUACCACAUCUCCUUACUCCGCCGCCUGUACAGACACAACAGGUAUUAAAGACGACUGCUGGGUUUUCAAUAAAUAAUACAGGGAAGAAAUCC